CUCCCGUUCCCAGUUCCCAAGGCCCUGGCGGAGGCACCGGCCCUCCCAGCCCCUGGAGGCAGAGAGCACCUGUUUGCUCUUAGGAGAAAGAGGCUACUCAUCCACCCCCAGGGCCCAAGUCUGUUUGCUUUGGAAACAAGAGAUGCCCGGCAAACAGUCAGAUGAGGAACAGGUGGAGGCGGGGGCUGCGGAGAACUUGGCCGAGGAGGACCUAGGGGGCCUCACGGCAGAGGAGCUCCGGCAGGGCCAGGAGGCAGCCCUGGAGCUAGAGGACACGAUGGCAUUAAGUGCGCAGACCCUGGUCCGAGCAGAGGUGGAGGAGCUUUACCAGCAAGUGCGUCCCCUGGGCCAGGGCCGCUUUGGCCGGGUCCUGCUGGUCACCCAUCGCCAGAAAGGCACUACCCUGGCCCUGAAGGAACUCCCGAAGGCCUCCACGUCCCUCCGCGGCUUCCUGUACGAGUUCUGCGUGGGCCUCUCGCUGGGCGCGCACCCUGCCAUCGUAACGGCCUACGGCAUCGGCAUCGAGUCCGCCACCUCCUACAGCUUCCUGACCGAGCCUGUCCUGUGCGGGGACCUCAUCGCCUUCAUCCAGCCCAAGGUGGGCCUCCCGCAGCCGGCCGCGCAGCGCUGUGCCGCCCAGCUGGCCGCGGCCCUGGAGCACAUCCACUCCCGCGGCCUGGUGUACCGGGACAUCAAGCCCGAGAACGUGCUGGUGUGCGACCCCGCCUGCCAGCGAGUCAAGCUGACCGACUUCGGCCACACGCGGCCCCGCGGGACCCUGCUGCGCCUCACGGGGCCGCCCAUCCCUUACACGGCCCCCGAGCUCUGCUGCCCCCCGCCCCUCCCUGAGGGGCUGCCCAUCCAGCCGGCCCUGGACGCCUGGGCCCUGGGGGUCCUGCUCUUCUGCCUCCUCACCGGCUACUUCCCCUGGGACCAGCCCCUGGCCGAGGCCGACCCCUUCUACGACGACUUCCUGGUGUGGCAGGCGACCGGCCAGCCCCAGGACCGUCCCCAGCCCUGGUUUGGCCUGACGCCUGUGGCCGACAGUCUCCUGUGGGGGCUGCUCGACCCCCACCCCCGGAAGAGGAGCCCGGUGGGCUCUGUCCGGGACUUCCUGGGGCGCCCCUGGAGGCAGCGCGAGGGGGAGGCCGAGGGGGUGGCCGAGGGGGCCGGACAGUGAGGGGCAGCCCGAGCCUGCUUCCUGCAGAGACUCGGAGGGAGCCGGUGCGCCCCACAUCCCGAGGUCUCCUCUGCCCUCACAGGGUGGCUUGUGGCUUCCCUCUCGCCUGUUUGCCCCUCUUGGCCUUCCUUUCCUCCCAUGUGGGCGUUCUGUGUCCCUCUUGUGGCCUGGGGGGCCUGCGUGUCACUGUCACCAUCUCCCCCAGGGCUUUGGCAAAGCUGCUGCCUUCAUCUGCAGUCUCGUGGCUCCUUCCCUCACCGCACGCUCCUCAGCGCGGCCCCCACCGGGCCUGCCCACCUCCCCGCUCUCCAACGUCCCUCUGUGACCUCACGUGGGUCUGUGUCCUACUGGGGACAGGGGUCUGGCCUGUCCUGGGGGGCCUCCCACGUACCCGUCAGCAUCCUGGCCCGUAGCCGGGGGCCAGGAAAUGCGUGCUUAAUAAACGAACCCAUCUGGUUUGUGUCUGUC